AUGAAGAAAUUGUCCAUCUGGGUUCAUUUGGGUAAUGUCGCACUUGAACUAUAUUCAAAAAAGGGGUUGAGUUACAUUACUAGUGCAUUAGGGACUCCUUUAUAUAUGGAUACAAUCAUUGCCAAGCAACAAAGAUCGGCUUAUGCCAAAAUCUGUGUGGAGAUGAGGGCAGCAUUGGAAGUUCCAAGAACAAUUGAUGUUGAAUUGAGAGAUGGAUCUCUAGUUUCAGUCAAAAUGGAAAUACCAUGGAUGCCUCAAAAGUGUUCUCAUUGUUGCAUUUUUGGACAUUCUUAUAAAACCUAUCCAAGUAAGCCAAUGACGGUUGCAACUAAGGUGUGGAGACCUAAAGAUAAGGCUAAAGCUACAUUGUUGGAGAACAAAAAGAAUGAAGGUGCUACAAAGCCAUCUAAAAGUAAAAAGAGGAGUGAAAUGAAGAAGGUCAAAGUAACAGAAACUAUCUCUGCUAAUGAUAAGACAGCAGCACGAAACCAUUUCGCUAAGGCUAAUUCUGUGAACAGAUUUGCUAUAUUGGAGUCCAUAAAGGAAUUAGAUACUAUAAGGCAUGAAAUUAGUGAUUCUGAAAGAAUUAUGGAUGGGAUAAUUCUUCAUUCACCAAAGAAGCAUAGAGUUACAGCUACUGGGAUGGCAGAUUUGAUGAAGGCUAUCAAAAUAUGGAACACUAGAGGAUUUAAUUAUCCUCUAAAAAGAAAAAAUGUGGUAAAUAGAAUACAAAUAUUAAAUAUUGAUUUGCUUUGCCUAAUUGAAACAAGAGUCAAACAGCAUCAGAUGCAGGCCAUACUGGACAGUAAUUUCUAUGGUUGGGGUAUGUACCAUAACUACUCAAAAGCAUGCAAUGGGAGGAUUUGGAUUUUAUGGAGACCACAUAGGCAGGUUGACUCACUAAUCAAAGUAUUACUUGCAAUAUGUUCUUUGAAAAGUCAGAAAUUCUUUCUCUCCGCCAUUUAUGGGAGUAAUAAUGGAGCUGAGAGGAAGAGGCUAUGGUCACACUUGCUAUCUUUACGAGGAAUAAUUUCAGAUAGUCCCUGGAUCCUAGCUGGUGAUUUCAAUGUUAUUACAUAUCCUUCGGAGAAUUUAAAUUUUAAUGGCUCUCAAAUAACCAAUUCAAAGGUGAAAGAGUUACAGGAUUGCAUGACUCAGCUAGCAUUGUUUGAUUAG